CAAAGGAAAGGAAGAUAAAGUGUAUAAACUGAACAAAUCUCCUUAUGGUUUAAGACAUGCUUCUAGAGCAUGGAACAUCAAGCUCAAUCGAAUUCUACAAGAGUUUGGAAUCUAUCGAUGCUCGAAGGAACAAUCGCUUUAUAAAAUAGAAGAUAAGAAGGGUAUUCUUAUGGUGUGUAUAUGUAGAUGACUUGCUCGUUAUGGGAUCUUAUUUGCAAUCAACGAUUGAGUUCAAGCAGGAGAUGGCGAGCAAGUUUGAGAUGAGUGAUUUAGAUAAAUUGACAUACUCCCUAGGCAUCAAAGUACUUCAACAUGAUGAUGGCAUUGUAUUGUCUCAAGACAGAUACGCAUAGAAGAUCCUCGAAGAAGCCGGUAUGCAUAACUGCAACCUCACUCAUAUACCUAUGGACGUUAAUGUAAGACUGUCUAAAGCAUCACAAGAGCGAAGCAUUGAGAAGAUAAACUAUAGAAGGAGCAUAUGAUGUCUUCGUUAUCUACUACAUACACGAUCUGAUCUUUCAUUCAGUGUUAGAGUACUUAGCAGGUAUAUGCAGGACCCUAAAGAUUCAUAUGGCGUGGACUUAAAGCAAGUGUUACGUUACUUAUGUGGUACUACUACUCUUGGACUGCGAUUCAUGCGAUCAGCAAAGCGAGAAAGUAACUAGUUGGCUAUAGUGAUAGAUUGCACAACAUGGAUAUUGAUGAUGGCAAUAGUAUGACUGGACACAUAUUCUAUCUUGUUCAAAUUCCAAUAAUCUGGUGCUCUCAAAAACAAUAGAUUAUGGCGUUAUCCUCAUGUGAAGCUGAAUUUAUGGCAGCAACGGAGGCUGCAAAAGAAGCGAUUUGGAUUCAGGAACUCUUGAGUAAAGUCGUGAGCGAUACUUGCAAGAAGGUGACCAUAAAAGUUGACAACAAAUCUGCUAUUGCACUUACAAAGAAUCCAGUGUUUCAUGGUUGUAGUAAGCACAUACAACGAAGGUUUCAUUUUAUUCGAGAAUGUGUUGAGAAUGAACAGGUUGACGUCGAGCACAUUCCGGGUAAUGAACAGAGGGCCGAUAUACUUACAAAAGUAUUGGGAAGAAUUCGGUUUAAGGAAAUGAGGAGCUUCCUUGGAUUGCAUAUCGUGAGUGAAGAUGAGAUCAAGCCGGGGGGGGGGGGGAUGUUGGAUUAAGUUUGACAAUAGCUUGAAACGUAAGCUAACCUACCGAAUUACCGAGUUAUGGUUAUCUAAAAGGAUUAAGAUAUAUCUAAAGUGUUAUUACUAAUAGGAUUAGGAGUUAUCUAGUCUAAUAUAAGGAGAUGCAUAUAUAUGAUGUUGCAUAACUCAUAUUAUCACAGUAAUUUGAUUCAUACCUCAAAUCUUUUCUUCUUCCCUUUUAAAUUUCUCGUUUAGUUCCCAAACACUUAGUGGUCCAAGAAAAAAGAAACAAAAAGUUCCCAAACACUUACUUCAAAAAACUCCUCUUAUUCCAAUUCCACUUUCAAAAUAUUUAUAAAAUCAAAAUCAUACAAGAAAUCUUGUAAAUGCCUAAAUGUGACGUUUAACCAUCAAACACACAAAGAAAGUAGAAUACAAUAGCCUAAUGUGACACAUCAUUAAGAGUUCGGCUAUACCAACGGCUCAAAUGUUGCUUUUAGUGUUGAGUUAGUUGUAAAAAUGUUAUUUGUAUUAAUCUGAACUUCGCAUUUUAACCCCAAAUAUAACAAUAAAAAUAUCUCAAAAGUCGUCGAAAAAUAAAACUUAAAUUUCAAAAGUCAAUGAGCUCUUAACUACAAGCAAUUUAUUUUCCUUUAAAUCAGCCAAGCAACUGGGGAAUUUAACGAAACCCCGACUUUUAGGCCAAUAUACUUCUUUCUGUUUGUGGUAAGCAUUCAGUGCAUGAACACAUGCUGUUCUUUAUUAAAAAAAAUGAACACAUGCUGUUUACCAUUUCAAACAUGUGUUGUCAAUAAGAAAAAAAAUUGAAAUUUCCGUGAGUUGAGAGAGCCCAUGCACAAAAUUUAUGGUUCCCUUUCAUGUACAUGGUUCAACAAGAUCGAUGUACAUAUUUGUCAGUUCUAGUGGUUACUAAUGUUUAACCAAAUAAUAUAAUUAAUUUUGUUAGACCUAAAACUAAUACCCCUCUAUGUUUUGUGAAAUAUCUAUCUUUAUAAGGACUAUAAAACCUUUAAUCAACAAAUAGACACGUUUGUUUGUUUUGCUAAAUAUCUAUCUUUAGACACGUUUGUUUCAAGUGUAAGAGAGUGAAAGUUUUGGCUAUAUAAAGUAUAGAGAACCCUAGUCCAUUAAAUCACAAACAAUGGCUCAACAGCCUCAACUUCACUUCCCCAUCUUAAUCUUUACUUCCAUUUUCGUAAUUUCAUUUUCAAGCUUCAUCCGGCCGCCUCAUCCCUUUGAUCCGUUAACUGAGAGCGAAUUUAAACUUAUCCGUAAUAUAAUCAAGAAAAAAUACCCUGUUGGUCCGACACAUAGGUUCACCUUCCAGUACGUUGGUCUCAAUGAGCCUGAUAAGUCCGGAGUCUUGUCGUGGCAUUUAUCACUGCACCACAAUGUCACACCACCGCCACGUCAGGCAUUCGUCAUAGCCCGAGAGAACAGAAAGACUCGAGAGAUCGUCGUUGAUUUUUCCUCUCGAGCCAUUGUGUCGGACAUAAUCCGCGUAGGACAUGGUAACCCUAUGCUCACUAUCGAUGAGCAGGAAGUAGCCACCGAGCUUGUUCUAAAGUUUAAGCCGUUUCGUCAGUCCAUCAGGAGACGGGGCUUGGAAGUGUCAGAGGUUGUAGUCACGUCCUCAACUAUGGGAUGGUUCGGUGAGAAAGACACCGACAGGCUUAUAAAAACGAUACCAUUUUACCUUAACGGGUCGGUGAACACCUAUCUCCGACCUAUUGAGGGAAUGACAAUAAUAGUAAAUCUUGAGAAAAUGAAGGUAACGACGUUUAAGGACAGGUUCAUGGGUCCUCUGCCGAAAGCUAAUGGGACGGAGUACCGAUUCUCAAAGCUCAAGCCGCCGUUUGGUCCGACACUUAAAAAUAGCAUCUUUUUGCAGCCAAACGGUCCAGGGUUCAAAAUAGAUGGACAUGUUGUGAGAUGGGCAAACUGGGAAUUUCACAUAUCAUUCGACGUUAGAGCUGGUCUUAUCAUCUCUCUCGCAUCAAUUUUCGACAUAGACAUGAAUAAAUACAGGCAAGUCUUGUACAAAGGCCAUUUGUCUGAAAUGUAUGUACCUUACAUGGACCCAAGUGAGGAUUGGUACUUCAUCACUUACCUUGACUGUGGGGAAUUCGGCUGCGGCCAGUCGGCAGUGUCCCUUGAGCCGUACACCGAUUGUCCUGCAGGUGCCGUUUUCUUUGAUGGUAUUUUUGCGGGUCAAGACGGAACUCCCACAACCAUAUCAAAAGCUAUGUGCAUUUUUGAAAAAAAUGCUGGAGACAUUAUGUGGCGACAUACCGAAGCAGAAGUUCCCGGCUUAGAAAUCACAGAGGUAAGACCGGAUGUAAGUCUUGUCGCCAGGAUGGUGACGACCGUGGGGAACUACGACUACAUAGUUGAUUACGAGUUCAAACCUAGCGGUGCCAUCAAAAUGGAGGUUGGUUUAACCGGAGUUUUAGAAGUCAAACCGGUGGAAUAUGUUCACACAUCGGAGAUCAAAGAAGAUGAUAUACACGGGACAAUUGUAGCGGACAACACCGUUGGAGUCAACCACGACCAUUUUGUGACAUACCGUCUUGAUCUUGACAUCGAUGGUACGGAAAAUUCCUUCGUCCGCACGGAACUUGUGACCAAGAGAACACCAAAAUCUGUUAAGACACCGAGAAAAAGCUAUUGGACAACGAAUCGGAAGACUGUAAAAACCGAGGCAGAGGCUCGUGUGAAGCUAGGGCUGAGAGCUGAGGAGCUGAUGGUGGUUAACCCUAACCGGCUAACGAAGCAUGGCAAUGAGGUUGGAUAUCGUUUAUUUCCUGGGCCGGUUUCAGGCACACUAAUGGCCCACGAUGAUUACCCACAGAUUCGAGGAGCAUUCACCAACUAUAACGUGUGGAUCACGCUCUAUAACAAGUCGGAGGUUUGGGCUAGCGGUCUCUACGCUGAUCGUAGCCAAGGCGACGACACAUUAGCCGUCUGGUCCCAAAGGAAUAGGGAAAUAGAGAAGAAAGAUAUAGUGAUGUGGUACACAGUCGGAUUCCACCAUGUUCCAUGCCAAGAAGAUUUUCCGACAAUGCCUACGUUGUCCAGCGGCUUUGAACUCCGACCGGCCAACUUUUUCGAACAAAAUCCUGUUCUCAAAACCAAACCCAUCAAACUCAGCUCUGCUCCAAAGUGCACUCCUAAGAACGGGUAUUAACAUCACGGUUUGAUCUGUAUAAGGAAUCAUAAAGAUGUCAAGAGAUAAUCAUGCAUACCAUCAAAAUUGGAUAAACCAUCAAUAAUAACAAUCUACGAAUGCAUCUCUUUAUUAUAACGUGGGUCCUUGUGUGUUGAUUAGUGACAAACUGUAAACUUGCGGUUGAAUUCAUAUCAAAGAGUUGAACACUAACAUUGUAUGAUAAUAAUAAAGUAUUAAGUGGAGCAUAUUACAUGGAUUUACAUGUUUAUGUAUAUAUAGAAUUUUGAAAAUA